AUGGCGUCGGACGUCGUGCGCGCGACCGAGGCGUACGUCGAGCGCGAGCUCGCCGACGUGGAUGGCUCGCACGAUUACUUUCACAUCGCCCGCGUGCGCGCGCUGGCGAUGCGCUUGGCGCGCGAGGAAGGGGAUUGCGAUGCGACCGUGGUCGAGCUCGCGGCGCUGCUGCACGACGUGCGCGAUUGGAAGUACUCGGGAGAGGCGACCGCGGGAUGCGACGCGGCGCGGGAACAUUUGGAAUCACUCGCCGUGGACGCGCGAACGAUCGAGCGGGUGUGCGAUAUCGUGCGAUACGUUGGAUUUAAAUCUGAAAUAUCCGACGACGCGAAUGAACAGGCGGAGCGGACGCGAAGGACGAAAGAGUUCAUGGUGGUGCAGGACGCGGAUCGAUUGGAUGCGAUCGGCGCUAUAGGGAUCGGUCGGACGUUUUGUUUCGGUGGCGCGAGGAACUCUCCGAUGCACGAUCCUUCGGUGCCGCCGUUGACGGAUUUAACCGGCGAGCGAUACGCCGCCAUGCGAAACGACGCGACGCGACCGAACACGGUGAUCAAUCACUUCCACGAGAAGCUCUUCAAGCUCAAAUCCAUGAUGAAAACCGAAAGCGGCAGGCGUCUAGCGGAGCGCAGGCAUCAAACCAUGGUCGAUUUCGUCGAGCGGUUUCACAAGGAGUGGAACGGGCUCGAGUGA